AUGUCUUUCAACCAGACGUCCAACCCCGUCUAUCUGGGUCGCAUCCUCGUCGGACGGGCCAUCUCCCCGGUCCUCAAUGGCAGCCUCGCUCCCUCCCAACAAUGGUCCAUUCCUCCCGGUUUUUACACCCCCCAGCAACUGGUCCACGCGCUGUCCCCUCUCCUCGACACGGUGGCCCACCGUCUCGGCCCCGAUGCCGCCUACACAACCCCCGCCCGCGCCCUCCUCCUCGACAACAUUGCCGCCACUCUCUCGACCGGGCGCCGUGAAUCCGCCCUGCACUUCUCCCCGGAGAUCCUCAACGCCUCCCGCCGCGAGAUCAUGCACCAGGCGCAGCGGAUUGGCGCCCGCCUGCUCCGCUGGGCCCACGAAUACACCAGCCCCCCGCUCCCGGACCUGACCCUCCGCCAGCCCAGCGAGGGCCAUCCGCUCCUCCUGCAGACCGCCAAACUGCUCCUCGGCUGCCACAGCACCCCGAUGCUCGUCGACCUGUUCAACGAGUACAUCCACCAGAUCGUCCUGCUGCGAGACGCACUCCUUCCCUUUGAGAACUUCGCCGAGGUCAUCAUCCCCGUCCCCGCGGGAGGGGUCGGACUGCGUCAUCUCGAGCCCGCCAGGGCCCGGUUCGUAGCCGCGCUGUUCCAGAAGCAUGUGAAGCAUGCGUCCGUGGUGGCGUUCGCACGAGCGCUGCUGGCACCCACAUUGCCAGCCACCCGGACGGGCGGGUAUGGGUUCCAAUAUCCGCAAGGGGUGGUGAUGCCCGCCGUGCUGGCCGGCAGCGACGCGCUGCAUCUGCUACGAUAUGUCCCGGGGCGGGUGGCUCCGGUCGACGAGGUCCUCCUCUUCGACUACGCGUGGGACAACUCCGAUGCUGCCCCGCGGGUGCACGUAUCCGGGUCGCCCGUGGACCUGAUGGGGUUUCCGCAGGUGAUGGGGAGGGUCGGACGGGCUGGGUUGGCCGUGACGAGGGGAUCCGAUGCCGCCAUUGCGACGCUCCAGUUACGGCUGGAGGUGAGCGACGGGGACCCGGGAGUGGUCGACGUGGACGUGGGCCAGAUUGCGCGGGGGCACCGCUACGCAUGUCGAGCGCAACCGUCCGGGGUCGAACGGGCGCUGCCAGCGACGAUUCAUCAACCGCUGGAUCUCCUCCGGCAGACAGGGGAUCUGGUGACCGCCGCGGGAGGGCUCCAUGUGAUUCCCGUGGCGGAUCGGCUCGUGGCGCUGGCGCUGUUAGGGAGAGUGUAUCCGGAGAACGUGGUUCUGCUCCCACGGGAGGGUACGCUGGCGGAUGCAGACCGGUCCGGGAAGAGGUUGGAGCCGAAAUUUGUGAUCUGGGGGCUUCAAUGA